ACUCUAUGCUAGUGCCCGCUGGGCAGUCUAGAAUGCAAGGAGUGCUUGCUUCUUGAAUACUUAAAUACCUUCAAAUCUUUCAAGGUUUUCGUCUGGGUUUUAUCCUUCGUUCUCAACUCAGCUCCAGGCUCGGUAUACGGCCCUCUUACACUAUCCCUACCUAAGUAGAUACACUUUGCAGUAAAGCACAUAGAAGAUCAUCUACCUACUUACCUACCUACCUACCUCACUACCUCAAUCCAUAUCCCGCAAUGAAGGCCGAAUUCCAAAACUGGUGGCGGAGUCAAACCGUCCAUCCGUCUCGUCUCCAGCCCACGGUACCUAUCUGUUCAUGCGCAGCCUGCUUCAACGGCACAGGGCACGGUCAGGAAGUCUUUAGGGAUCCCAUAGAUCCCGGCGAGGUUCUACCACCGAGAACCAACACAAGCGCUGCGAUCCUUGAGAAGCCGAAGAAGGAUAUGUCCAAGAUAGAAGCCGUCAAGAAGCCGUGGUAUAAGCGAGCCACCAGCCUGUCCCGGAAGCCAAGCAUGGCAAGUGUGGCUUCGGAUUUAGUUCCUCUGCGCUCGACACCGACAACUCAGUCAACAGCAACGCAACGAGUCAGCUCAGAAACCAGGGCUUGAGACUCGGGUUCAUCAACGAUGUUAAAAAUUUGAUGAGCAAUUUUGAAUACUGGAGACUCCCAGACAUCCCUGCAAGGCGAAACGCCUGGUAAGGCGACGAAGACGUGAAGGAUACCCGCGAAUAUAUGGUUCGGCGCAAAGGAGGGCUUAGCGUUUUAUUUUGUUAGCGUUCAGCUGUGGCUGCGGCAACUUGAAGUAAAAAUUCUAGCCGCUAGCUGCUUGCUUCUUAAGGCUGCUGCUGGCCUUUGGGUAUUAAUUUGUGGCGUUAUCACGGAGACGGUAUACUGAAAAAGGGAAAGGCGAAAGGGUUAAUGUUCCCAUAAUGGGUUGAUAGACCCCUGGACCGGGUCGCCGAGUUUUAUGCGGGCUUACCCGUUCUGUUCGGAGCUUUUUUUUCUUAGGGCGCUUUUAGUGGCCUAUUGAUGCCCUAAAAAAGAUUGGGUUCAUUAGCGGAUUAGGUGCUUCUGCAGCCAGGCGAGUGGAUCAACCAUCAGAUUCCAUUACUUAUUCGCCCAAGUCGGCGUCACGUUUGUACGGGGAGUUCCGAGGAAGAAGAUACCUGAUACCCCAAUUUAGAUUUGAAUUCGAAUACACACCACUUUGGUUAUUUGAUAUCUU